AUGCAAUUCAUUAACUUCCUCGCCGUCCUCGUGGCACCCGCUCUGGUUGCGGCCACCCUCGACCCAGCCUCAUCAAACAGCAAGGGUUACAAGCCUAGCAGCUUGAACUGCAGUGCUGCCAAGGUUUCCAAAGCCAUUCAAGCGGCCGAGUGCUCCCACAACACUCGCACCUCUACGACCCAGACAUUCGCCGUCUUCGAGACUGACCACCAAUACGAUUCCAACAACGGUGCUCCCUACGGAACUUGCAGUGCCUACACCUGCACUGCCCCUACUAGCUCGGAGUUAGAGGAGAACUCUGACUACUGGGUCUUCUACUGGGGUGACGAGGGAAAGAGCACCGGAUACGGCACAACCUGUAUCAAGAACCCCCAGACUGGAGAGUGUGGUUGCGAGAACUCCGAUGGCACUUUUGUUUCUGGCAGUGACAGCUGCACUUAA